AUGUCACUCACAUUGAUCUCUCCAGAUGCCGUUAAGUGUGCAGAAUACAUCUUUUCAAGGCUCUAUAGCCUCGGCAUACGAUCUGUUUUUGGUGUUCCCGGAGACUACAACCUGCGUCUACUGGACUUCGUUGAACCUGCAGGGCUUCACUGGGUGGGCAAUUGCAACGAGCUUAAUGCCGCCUAUGCUGCCGAUGGAUACUCCCGAAUAAAUGGAAUCAGCGCUCUCAUUACUACGUUUGGUGUGGGCGAGCUCUCAGCUGUCAAUGGCAUAGCUGGUGCAUAUGCUGAGGAGGCGCCUAUUGUCCACAUCGUGGGCACACCGGCCCGAAGCCUUCAGGACCGACGAGUGUUCAUGCACCAUACACUUGCCACGGGCGAUUAUCGUCAGUUCGCCGCCGUUCACCAACAGAUCACGGCCGCUCAAGUCAACUUGGUGGACCCUCAGACAGCCCCAGAUCAAAUCGACUGGGUUCUGCAAGAAGCUUUGUUCCACCAGCGACCGGUGUACAUUGAGGUUCCCGAUGAUAUGGUAGACGCCUUGGUGUCAACUGAUAAUAUGAAGAAGAAGCCGGUGUUAUCUGUUCCUCAUGUACCUGAGGCCCAGCAUGAGGCCGCUAUUGUCGAGAGAGUCCUCGGCCGACUCAAUGCAGCGAAACGGCCUGCUAUCCUUCUGGAUGGGGAAACUCGGGGGAUGCGAAUACUUGACCUGGUAGAAGAGCUGUCUAAGCGAACGAUGUGGCCUACUUGGACGACAAUCUUCGGCAAGGGUCUCAUUGAUGAGUCCAUGUAUAACGUUUAUGGCAUCUUUCAGGGAAAAUACGCACCUGAGAGUUGGAACGAGUACUUCCAAACAGCCGAUCUUAUUCUUCAUUUCGGACCUCAUCUCAGUGACACCAAUUCAUUUGGCUUUUCAGCCGUUCCUAGAGAAAACGUCACCAUUGCCAUCUCUCAACACACCGUGAGCGUAGAUGGAGUGCUCUUCCGGGAUCUCCCUCCUCGUCGCGUUAUGUCUAAAAUUCUCUCAAGCUUGCAGCCUUUGAAACUCGGCGCACAAGGUCCUUCGCAUCACCCACCGCCCACGGUAGAUCUAGACAAAUCCUUGCCUCUUACACAGAAGCACUUUUAUCACUACAUUAAUUCCAUCUUCAAUCAAGGAGACAUAAUUCUUGCCGAGACAGGCACCGCAGCUCAUGGUAGUCGGCAAUUCAAGCUCCCACCCAAGAGCCGGCUUUUGACUGCUGUCACCUGGCUCUCCAUCGGCUACAUGGUUCCAGCUGCUCUUGGAGCCGCUCUUGCGCAAAGGGAAAUUCUCGGGUGUAGCGACAACCGCAAAGAUGGAGCUCCAGGCAAAGAGCGUGUGGUUCUCUUUGUUGGUGAUGGCAGUCUUCAGAUGACUGUGCAAGAAAUCAGCACCAUGAUGAAGGAAGGUUUGAACAUCACUAUCAUAAUUCUCAAUAAUAACGGGUACACGAUUGAGAGGGCAAUCCAUGGGAGGAAGCAGCGAUACAACGACAUUGCGAGUUGGAACAAUGCCCAUAUCCUCCCCAUGCUAGGACAGCAAAGCUCAAACUUGGAAAGUUUCCCCCAGGCAAGAACAUGGGGAGAACUGGAAGCGAUUAUUCAAUCUGGGAAGCUCACUUUGGGUACGGGAGUUGGGAUCAUUGAGGUAUUUUUUGAUCAAGAGGAUUGCGAGGGAAGCUUGCGAGAGAUGUUGAACGAACAGAUACGGAAAGGUAAUUGA